AGAGCGGCGCGCGGGGGGCGGGGCCGUGACGCGUGGCGCGCCGUGCGCGCGGCGGCGGCGGCCGGGGCGGCUCCGCGGCGCUGCGGGGCCGCCAUGGCGGCGGCGGACGUGGAGUCCUCGCUGGAGCUCAGCCUCACCGGCUCCGGCGCCGUGCCCGGCGCGCUGCCCCCCGCCCGCUCCCGCAUCUUCAAGAUCAUCGUCAUCGGCGACUCCAACGUGGGCAAGACGUGCCUCACCUACCGCUUCUGCGCCGGCCGCUUCCCGCAGCGCACCGAGGCCACCAUCGGCGUGGAUUUCCGCGAGCGCGCCGUCACCAUCGACGGCGAGCGCAUCAAGAUCCAGCUGUGGGACACGGCUGGCCAGGAGCGCUUCAGGAAGAGCAUGGUGCAGCACUACUACAGGAACGUGCACGCCGUGGUGUUCGUGUACGACAUGACCAACAUGGCCAGCUUCCACAGCCUGCCCUCCUGGAUAGAGGAGUGCAAGCAGCACCUGCUGGCCAGCGACAUCCCACGGAUUCUGGUGGGCAACAAGUGUGACCUCAGGAGUGCAAUUCAGGUGCCCACGGACCUGGCCCAGAAGUUUGCUGACACUCACAGCAUGCCCUUGUUUGAGACCUCUGCCAAGAACCCCAAUGACAACGACCACGUGGAGGCCAUUUUCAUGACACUGGCUCACAAGCUUAAAAGCCACAAGCCAUUAAUGCUUAGUCAACCCCCAGAUCAUGACGAGAUACAUAUAAAGUCUGAACCAAAACCCAUCACAUCCUGCUGGUGUUAGGAUUGUCACUGAUCGUAUUGUCACCUUGUCUUGUUUGCAAGUGCUUCAAAAUUAUGGUCUUGGCAAAGUUCCAGGUUUUGGUAGCAAUUAUAGCAAGUCUUUUUGGCACUUUAUUGUGUUUUUUAAUUUUUUUUUUCCUGGUGUAGAUGUGCCCAUCUUAUGCUCUUGCACUUUGUAAUUGUACUUUCUGAAUUACUUCGGUUUCACUGUAAAUAUAAGGGAACAUAUUCUCUUUGUCAAGUUUUGACAGAGCAAUUCUAGUUGAGCUCUUGCUGCCUGAGGUCGUUCUCAUCCCUUGUGGUAAGAUUAUAAAUAGUAAAACAGUUUACUAAUACUUGUGGUGGAAUAACAGAGGAGGAAGAGCCUUUUGUGACAACCAGGGAACUUGGGUUUUGGAUCAGCAAGUGGGGAGAUUUUUGGCAUAUGAAGGAGCACUAGGUGACCUCUAGCAAAUUAGAAAGCAGGUACCUUUUUAUUAGGGAAAAAAAACCCAGGUCCUGGCAAAGUUUGGGCUGCCAGUGUCGGUGCAGAUUGCUUGGUUUUGGCCUGUCAUUCCACCAUGACCUUGGUCUGCUUCUUCAUGGCAGUGGUAACAGAAUUAACCAACUUCUCCCUACCUCUAGACAGUUAUUUCAUACUGAGAACUUCACUAAUUUUUCAUAAUUAGCAUGUGAUACCAAACUAUGUUAUGUUAACCCAUGUGGAAAGUACUGUAGCACAGGAUUUGGGGUAAAACUGGGACUCUAUCUGUCCAUAAGUUUUCUGAUCUUAUUAUUAAGUUAUUAAAUUAGAAAUAGACACUAAUUUUAUAUAAUUAUUAAAAUAAUUAUAUAAAAUUAUAUAUUUCUGAGGGUGCUGUAUUGGAGUUGAGUGUCUCAGGGUAAGUAAAACAGUUAAGUAAAAGAUGGGGUGAAUUUGGCAAAAGAAUACUGGUUUUUAAAGAUUGGGGUUUGCAGGGCUUUAAAUCAUGAGUGCUUCUCAAAUAUCUUGAAAAGCCAACUUGGUAACAUAUUUCAGGAAUGGGAAUGCUUAGGAAUAUGGUACAUUCUUAAAAUAUUUCCAAACGCAGACUAAAUUUGGUCUUGAAAUGUGGAGUAGAUCUACCAAGUGCAUCAUCUGUUACAGAUUGGGAGUGAAAGCCUGCAUGUAUAAAUGACUAUGUGGGGCAUCCUUGGCAGUACUGAUGUGAGCUGGCAGGGGUCAGAUGAGGGAAAUCUCCCUCUUGAACCACCUCUUUCUGUGUUCUCACAGUUGCAGCUGCUUUUUCUCAGUUCUGUCUGAAAAUCAAGUUUCAUAACAAGGUCAAGUUUCAUAACUCAAAUGGUGCUAAGUUGCAUAAAGUGACCUGUGAGCCAUAGAAUGCAGUCUGUGACUCCAUACACGUGCCACGUCAAACUGUGUUUUGUGACUUAGGUUUUGAAGUAUAAAUGAAGGGUUUUUAUUUUUAUUGGCAAUGUGUAGCAUGUGCUGCUUACUAGAAACUAAAUGGAAGGGCUAGUUCAGAAGCUGCCACCCUAAUGAUUGCAUUACAAACUAAUUACUGAAACAAGAUAAUGGUUAUUAUGUAAACUAUGACAGUUCUUAAGAUGUCAUCUCAUUGCAACUUAUACACAAAAAAAUGCAUUGACUUUUUUCUAGAUUUUGAAAAAGCAUUUAAUUUGGUCUAAUAUGAUUAAGAUGUUUAAAAGGAGUCUAAACAAAAGGUAAUACUCUUUCCUGUAUAAAGCUGCUUCAAUUGUGACAGUAUUUUUGCUUAGGAAGCAUUUGUAAAAGGGAGCUUUUGUAUUCACUCUGGACCUUACAUGACUAGAAUUUACAGUUGUUUCAGAAACAAUCACCUUUUUAACACUAGUGUCCUUAAUGAUUUCUUUAAGAAAAGGAUUGAUCUUAAAUUGAUAUUUAUACUAUGGUAAGUGAAUAUGGUUUACAGUCCUGUUGGACAGAUUGUUUUUCACUCACGUCCUUAAUCCUUUUCCUGAGAAGGAUCCUUCUUAAUUAUUUGUAUACUAAGUAUGUCAUCAAUUGUUUUGUUUUGUUUUUUAAUUAAAAAAUACCCCAGAGUUAAGAAUUUUAAAGUCAGUCAGUCAGGUUGGGGGUUGGGGUAAGAAAAUAAUGUAGCUGCAAUGUUACUGUUCAACUUGAUCCGGAGCACCUGCACAUCUGUUAAGUUUAAUUUGAGUUAUCACAACUUGUAAAUAAGGGCCCUCAUGUCAUGCACACCGUGUGGGAGUGGUGUUGCAGUGUGUAAUUCCCUGUCCAGCACAGAGCAUGUGGCAGUGGCUGUGCCAGGGAGGCAGCGUGGGCAGCAGUGCAGGAUUCAGUGUUGCUCCCUGGCUGUCGGUGCUGUCCUGCCCACAGAAUGAGCUCAGAGUGUUUUGUUUGUGCAUUUUCACUUGACCAGGCUGUACAGUUGGCUUCUUUUGUAUGUGCUGGGGGCAGGCAAGGCACAAUCCCAGAAACCUAAUAAACUGGCUUUGCCACAAA